CAGAGCGGGGCAGGGGACAGAGGUGACCGGGUGACAGCACCGACAGCCAUCACUGCUGCCUGCACGAGGGGCAGCCGGGACCCCGCCGGGCGCUCUGCUCUCAUUUGCAUGACUCCUCCCAGGAUCUUUUAAUGUCUGCAGUGCUGGGAGCAGGAGGCAGGACCGGGAGGCAGAGCUGAGCAGCGUUCACACUGACGACUGGCGGCCGCUCCGCGAGCAGCUCCUGUACUGCGCUCCGCUCCGGCUACAGUCAGCGCCAGGGACCCGCACCGGAGCGCACAGGACCCGCACAAGGGCGCACAGGACUCCGGGGCGCCGGGAGAUUACCCUCUGGGAUUACUGUUACCCCUCCGAGGAGCCGGGCACCGGGAUGUGCCGUCCGGGUACCGGGCGCAAGGUGGAAGAUGCUUGUCUCUCCUGAGGGGGCUGGAAUAGCGCUGGAGACCCCCCGGGAGGAGCCGCAGGAGGCCGCCGGGGACCGGCCACUCACUCCCCGACACUGCUGGCCCGGACACCAAGACCCCGCUGUUGGAUUGAGCCCCUGAGCGGCUGCAGGAUCCGGACCCCCAAACCUGCCCAAAAGUUUUCUUGGAUUUCUUGAUUAUUUUGGAUUCACAAGGAGAGAAACCAAAGGGUCUUCAGCAUGAGAAGUAGGAGAGGAGGGCGAGAGCCUGCAAGGUUCGGCUGUUGGAGAUUGAAGCAGACCCUCCAUGGAGACAGGACCCUCCACUAACAAGAAAACAAGAAACCUUCAGGAGGAGCUCAGCGUCCUGCUCAGCAUCAGUAACUUCAUCCUGGGGGAAGGAAGCUUAAUCCAGGGCAGGGACCCAUCAAUGGCAGCGGGUGCCGGCAGUGGAGGAGCCCCGCACCUUUAGCCACGUGGAGCUCUCUUCUUGCCGAUUGCCGGACACAAGCACAUUAAAUGCUGAGAUUUGCACUCCUCCUGCUUUGCUUUUGCACCUCUAGUUUUAGCAAGGGCCUUUUAUUUCCCCCAAACCAGAGAUGGGCCUACAGACAGAACUCUGGCCCAAGGACAGGGUGCCAUUUUUUAAGUCGUGGAUUGUGUUUGCACUUGGGCUCUCCAUGCAGAUAAAUCUGUCCAGGACCUGCCCCACUGUGUGUCGAUGUGACCGGAACUUUGUCUACUGUAACGAGCGGAGUUUGACCUCAGUGCCUCUUGGGAUUCCGGAGGGUGUAACAGUGCUCUACCUCCACAAUAACCAAAUUAACAAUGCUGGAUUCCCCGCGGAACUGCACAAUGUCCAGUCGGUGCACACAGUCUACCUGUAUGGCAACCAACUGGAUGAGUUCCCCAUGAACCUCCCCAAGAAUGUCAAAGUGCUUCACCUCCAGGAAAACAACAUCCAGACCAUCUCCAGGGUGGCGCUCGCUCAGCUGCUGAAACUGGAAGAGCUGCAUUUAGAUGAUAAUUCCAUCUCCACGGUGGGGGUGGAGGAUGGAGCCUUUCGGGAAGCAGUCAGCCUAAAACUGCUCUUCCUGUCCAAGAACCACCUGAGCAGCGUGCCCGUUGGACUUCCAUUUGGUCUGCAGGAGUUAAGGUUAGAUGAGAACCGCAUUGCUACCAUUUCAGACCAGGCCUUCCAUAACCUGACCGGCUUGGAACGACUGAUCCUAGACGGCAACCUCCUCACCAACAAAGGGAUUGCCGAUGGCACCUUCAGCCAUUUACCCAAACUGAAGGAGUUUUCCAUGGUACGAAACUCCCUCACGAGCCCCCCUACCGAUCUCCAGGGCACCUAUUUGGUAAAGUUGAACCUGCAGGACAACCAAAUCAACCACAUCCCUGUGUCAGCGUUUGCCAAACUGCACAAGCUCGAGAGAUUGGAUAUUUCAAACAACCGUCUCCAACUUUUGGUCAAGGGAGUCUUUGAUAACUUAAAGAAUCUGAAACAAUUGACCGCACGGAACAAUCCCUGGUUCUGUGACUGCAGCAUCCGAUGGGUGACUGAGUGGCUUAAAUCUCUUCCAGCUGCUAUUAAUGUCCGCGCUUUCAUGUGCCAGGGGCCAGAGCAUUUCCGGGGGAUGGCCGUGAGAGAGCUCAAUGUUAAUCUGCUCUCUUGUCCAACAACCACUCCCGGCAUCAUACCUGUUACCCAGCCUCUACCGACAACAGCUCUGACCACCCUUCCCCCAACUGUUUUCAUCCCUACCCCCACUACAACACCUCCAGCUCCAACCCUGACCCCAUCACCUGAACCCAUUACUGUGCCUGAGCCAGAAAUAGUGGUCAUAGAGAAGGUCACCCCCACCAACCGAGAGCGGCUACAACUCUUCAUCCGUUUUCUCAAUGACACGAGUGUCCAGGUCAGCUGGUUGUCCUCUGUCUCUGUUGUGUCCUACAAGUUGACGUGGGUCAAGAUGGGGCACAGCUUGGUGGAGGGCAUUGUGCACGAGCGUAUAGUGAGUGGGGAGAAGCAACACUUGAGUUUAUUGAACCUUGAAGCCAAGUCCACCUACAGGAUUUGUUUGGUUCCCUUGGACGCUUUUAAUAAUUACCGAGCAGGAGAAGAGACUGUCUGCACUGAGGCCACCACCAAAGCUUCUCUGCUCAACGGCAGCAACAGCCCCUCCAGCCACGAGCAGCCCACUACCCAGAGCCUGGGCUCCCCAUUUCUGCUGGCUGGCCUCAUUGGGGGGGCUGUCAUUAUUGUACUUGUAGUUCUCCUUAGCAUCUUCUGCUGGCAUAUGCACAAAAAGGGUCGCUACACAUCUCAGAAAUGGAAAUACAACCGCGGCCGCCGGAAAGACGACUACUGCGAGGCGGGAACAAAGAAGGACAACUCAAUCCUGGAGAUGACGGAAACCAGCUUCCAGAUCGUCUCCUUAAACAAUGACCAGCUCCUUAAAGGAGGUUUCAGACUGCAGCCCAUUUACGCCCCAAAUGGGGGCAUCACUUACACAGACUGCCACAUCCCCAAUAACCUGAGGUACUGCAACAAUAGCAGCGUUCCAGAUCUGGAGCACUGUCACACGUGAUGCCCCCAGCCGUGGCCCCGUGUGACCGGACUCAAUGGGAGGACAUUGUAACAUGGAACCCAGACACAAUAAGAUCCAUUUACAUUUGAUAAAUGUUAGCGAGAUGCGUUUGUGCAUCGGAAUUCUCUGUAAUUUAUACGGUGUACUAUAUAAUGGAAUUUAAAACAAAAAAGUGCUAUCUUUUCUAUUUCCAGUUCAUUGCAAACAGUUUUGUAACUCUUUGCUUUUUAAAUCUUUAAAAUUGCUGAAGUACUGUACAGGGUUGUACAAUAAGAACCCGUUUGCCAUGAUAAUA